GUGACUACAAACCGGAAUUGGCAGGCUAUAAUGAAAUGUUCUACUUCCUGAAGUCACCGGCAAGUUUUGUUUUGGAAGAUUUUGUUUCUAUCUAAAACAUGGCGGAACCAAACCAAAGGCCUCAACGUAAGAUGUCCACCACAGGUGACAGUCUGUACAAUAUACUUGAACUGGAGAAGGGAGCAUCCGCAGGAGAAAUAAAGAAGGCAUACAGGAAACUAGCACUGAGAAAUCAUCCUGACAAGAACCCAGACAAUCCAGAGGCAGCUGAGAAGUUUAAAGAGAUCAACAAUGCCAACUCCAUCCUCAACGACGAGACCAAGAGGAAGGUCUACGAUGAGUACGGCUCCAUGGGCCUCUAUGUGGCCGAGCAGUUUGGAGACGAGAGCGUUAAAUAUUACUUCCUCAUUCACAAGUGCUGGUUUAAGACCCUGAUGGUGUGCUGUGGGAUCUUCACCCUCUGCUGCUGCUGUUGCUGCUGCUUUUUCUGCUGUGGCAGGUGCAAGCCACUGGAGGAGGAGCACGGAUACGUAGACCCAGACGACCUGGAGGCUCAGAUCAGAGCUGAGCAGGACAGGGGGGAACAAGAACCCAUUGUGAUCCAGCCUCAUGCUGCUGCUAAUGAGAAGACCGAUUUCGAUCACGACCAAUCUGCAGCCAAACCACUCUGACCCUAUACUCACCACAGCGGACCAGUAAGAACCUGUCAGUGAGACGUCUUCCCAUAGCUUGGUCCCAGAUCUGUUUGUGCUGUCUUGCCAACU